AUGCUGCUCAUCGGGGAGCCCCCGAGCCUGGCCCAGGUCUGGCCCCCCAGAGAGGUGCCCAGCACCCACCUGUUGGCCGAUGGCCCAGCUGGUAAAGGAGCACAGCAAGCUCAGACCUCCUGGCCAAGAGAGCCCUUCCCCUUCCUGAGCCUCAGCGUCUCCAUUUUGAUGACGUUCCGGAUCUUUGCCGUCCUGGCUGUCUCAGAACUGGACGCUGUCUCGCCCUCGUGCGUUUGCAGGAGGCUGCAGGUGCUGCACCAUGUCUGCUGGGAGCUGGCUGACGUGUACUGCAAUAGAGCAGCAGAGCAGAGCUGGAAAGUGGGCUCUCAGCUCAUGAGAGGCGAGGCCACCGUGGGCCGGGGCAGUCUGGGAACCCCUCCUGAGGACACAGGUGUCUGUGGGAAAACUAGAAUUGCAGAAGUAGGAGGUGUGCCUUACUUAUUGCCUCUUAUAAAUAAAAAAAUUUAUUAUCUAAAUAAAAUUGCAAAAGAAAUCCAGCUUCCUGGAGCUUUUGUUCUUAGAGCAGGAGCAGGCCCAUCUCAGACUCUUGGAUUCAAUUCUGAGUUUAUGCCAGUUGUUCAAACAGAAAGUGAGCACAAACCUCCUGUGAAUGGAAGUUACUUUGCUCCUGUUAACGCUGCAGAGGGAGGGUGCCUACUAGAGAAAUACAGUGAGAAAUAUCAUGAUUUGGGGUGUGCAUUACUGGCUAAUCUUUUUGCCAGUGAAGGCCAACCUGGAAAGGUCAUUGAGGUGAAAGCCAAAAGAAGAACUGGAAAACUUAACUUCGUGACUUGUAUGAGACAGACUCUUGAAAAACAUUAUGGAGAUAAGCCUGUAGGAAUGGGAGGUGCUUUCGUGAUUCAGAAGGGAAAAGUGAAGACUCACAUUAUGCUGGCAGAAUUUUCUUCCUGCCCAUUGGACUCUGAUGCUCUGUCACAUUGA